AUCAUUCUACUAUCGGUUUAUCGCGUUGAAUUUAGAGGUUGGGUUGGGAUUUGUAGAUUGUGAAAGAAUGGUUUCUAAUUUAUCAGUGUAAAUUUUAUUAUUAUCCAGAUAUCAACAUGAUUUUCAACGAAGCUGAUGAAUUGGCUGAGCUAUUAAAAGGAAUAUUUCCUGUUUAUCUACUGAUAGCAUUGCCCUUAUUCAUCAUUAUAUCACCGGUGUGUCCUGUAACUGCUUCUCAUGAGUUUCCCGUGUAUAGAAUGCAGCAGUAUGACUUGCAUGGAGUUCCCCAUGGCUGCAGAAGUGCCCCGGUGAACCUGGAGGCGCGCUCUCUGUCUAGCUGGAGCACAGGACGGCACUGUGUGGUUGCUCGAAUGCAGGAUAUAUCGGCUGAUCAGUUCCGCGAAAUUCGCGCCAAGGCGGGCGCCUUGCUUGUCGCGUUGCCGCGUGACCUGAGCACUCUCACCGAUAAACAGAAACAGGUGAGUAAUCCUCUUGUUCCACGAAAGGUGUCGCUGCUGCACUCAGUGUCUGCGAACGGAUAUCAGAUUGUUAUCAACACGAACAAAGCUUCUCCAAGAAUCGAUGUCAACAUUGCUUCAAUUCAGGGAAAACUGUCCGGCUAUGGCGUAGAAGAUAAACUACCGACCAUAGCUAUAGUGGCUCACUAUGACAGCUUUGGAAUUGCACCAGAGCUGGCAUUUGGAGCCGAGAGCAACGGGUCGGGCGUAGUUCUGCUUCUAGAGCUGGUGCGAUUGUUCGCGAACCUGUACGCGAGCAGUUCGACGUUUGCGCGCGCCAACCUGCUGUUCCUGCUCUCUGGCGGAGGAAAGCUGAACUACCAAGGCAGCAAAAAGUGGCUGGAGGACAAUUUGGAUGCGGUCGAUGGGUCGCUCUUACAGGAUGCCUCGUUCGUCAUUUGUCUGGACUCUAUAGCACAGAAAGGCACUCUGAAUGUCCAUGUAUCCAAGCCUCCCAAAGAAGGAAGUGCAGCUGCUAAUUUCUUGAAAGAGCUGGAAACAGCCAGUGAAAACAAAGCCAAAGUGGAAAUGAUCCAUAAAAAGAUCAAUUUGAAAGAAGAGGUUCUGGCUUGGGAACACGAACGAUAUUCGAUUAGAAGGUUACCGGCGUUCACAUUAUCAUCUAUCAGGAGUCAUAAAGAUCCAACGCGUGGUACAAUAUUGGAUGUGAAGAAGAAUUUGAACAUGGAUGCCUUGUUGCAGAAUGCACGAAUCGUCGCUCAGGCACUUUCUAGUCAUAUUUAUAAUAUUUCCACACCCAUGUCAGCGUUUUCUGAAGAUAUGGGUGUUGAAGAAGAAUCAAUGAGAAUACUGUUGGACUUCCUAGCUAGUCAGCCUCGCGCCGCCCAGCUAUUGGCUGAAAAAAAUAAUCCACUAGUCUCGUCAUUACAUGAUAUUAUGUCUAGAUAUUUGAAAGAUGUGAAGGUGACUUACCAAGUAGCCGACAAACGAGAUCCUGAGUUCGUCUUCUAUGACGUAUCCAAAUCUACGGUCAAUGUUUACAGUGUGAAACCGGCUGUAUUCGACUUAUUCCUUACAUUCGCGAUUGCUAUCUACCUUGGGGUAGUCUAUUUAUUUGUUCAGAACUUUCCGACUCUCUACUCAACAAUGCUGUACUUUGCCUCCACAACGAAAAAGUCCAAAGUCAACUGAGCAACUUUUUUGUAGUGUGUGUAUGUGAAGUGAUUCCUUUUGUAAGUGUGCGUUAAACACUCAGCUAAAUAUCCUACUGGAGGUAACAGUGGUUAGAGCUACUGUACCAGAACAGUAGUCCUCAUUUUUUUUGGUUACUGUAUAGUAACUAUUUCAAAUAUCUAAGAUAAAUAUACAGUAAUUAUAUUCGAGCAGUUGGCUUAACUGCAAAUUCUAAUAAAAUCUUCCAUUUUUUCGGUUAAUCAACCGAUCAUAAUAAUUCUAAAUACUAUUGUUAUAGUACUAGUAUUAUGGGUAUAAUUCUCAUAAUCUAAUAAUCUUAACUGAAAUAUGUUUAGAAUAAUAAUUGAAUCGUCAAUUUUUUGACUGCCUGUUCUUCAAGAACAACAAUAGAUGUCACAGUUUAGAUGUCACAUUGAAAAACACAGAUUUAUUUUGUAACAUUAAAAACAUGAUACAUGGAUACAUGAAUAGUUUUCACUAUUAUUAUAUUUUAUGAAUGUGGAUGUGACGAAAUAAAACUGUGUUUCUCCAAUUAUGAAAAAAAUCCACAAUAUCAAUUCUCCUCAGUCAACAAAUUUUAUCAAAGAUGUCACAUUAUUGAAUCAAGAAUUAUGAAUUACGUAAGGACAUA